GAAGGGUUUGUGUGGCUGAAAACGCAGGCACGACAAGGGUCCACAGUGUGCGACCAUGCCAGGCACAAAACGGUUUCAACAUGUGAUUGAGACCCCAGAGCCUGGCAAGUGGGAGUUGUCUGGGUAUGAGGCAGCCCUGCCAAUCACAGAGAAGUCAAACCCACUGUCCCAGGACCUCGAUAAAGCAGAUGCCGAGCAAAUUGUUCGAUUGCUGGGACAAUGUGAUGCUGAGAUCUUCCAGGAGGAGGGGCGAGUCAUGCCCACAGACCAGAGACCAUAUAGUGAAUCAAUUCUGACCACCAUGAUCCAAGUGGCUGGCAAAGUUCAGGAAGUGCUGAAGGAACCUGAGCGGGGGCUGGUGGUGCUGAGUGGAGGGGGCAACUCUGGCAGGAUGGCGUUUCUCAUGUCGGUCUCCUUCAACCAGCUGAUGAAAGGUCUAGGACAGAAACCUCUUUACACCUACCUCAUUGCAGGCGGUGAUAGUCUGUGGUGGCAUCUAGGGAGGGGACAGAAGACAGUGCCCUGCACAGGAUUGAAGAACUGA